CUUUUUUUGUCUUAUAAAGAACUCGCGUCUCACUUUUUUUCGAACUUGGGAGAAAAAAAGAAAAAAGAGCGCGAGAGUAUGAGUGAGGCCGACUUCUUAGAACAUAAGCGAAAUUUUGAGGCUAAAAUGAAAGUUCCUACUACUCCGCACAAAAAAGAACUGAAAAAUAAAUAUUUAGCAAUCAUUGAAUAUGCAUAG